AUGGAUAACGAAGAUGAUGCAGACUGGCGGGAGGCAUUGUUGAACGGGAUGGGGGACAAAGAAAGAGCUAUGCUAAAAGAAUAUAAAACGGUUCUCAGGAGUUAUAAAGAGCUGAAGAAGAGGCUGGCAGAAAUGGAGAAGAAAGAUAGGGACUGCGAGUUUGAAUUCACAUUGCAGAUUAGGGAGUUGAAAACUGCAAUUGCAAAGAGGGAUGAAGAGAUUCACCAAUUACGUCAAAAGGUGAAUGCUGACAACAAAGAAUCAAAGGAAGUGAAGCCACCACCACCAGCACCUGUUCUAACUGCAAAAGCACCAGAAUCAAGAACCCAGUCCUCAGAAGAUGAGGAUAAUGAUGAUGAUGAAUAUGAUGACUUCAAGAUACCCACCAUGCAUAAACCUGCGCUCUCCCCCGUAGAAGAAAAGCUCCGGAUGGAAAUUGAUGCAAUACUAGACGAAAAUCUGGAGUUCUGGCUAAGGUUCAGCUCCUCGUUUCAUCAGGUACAGAAAUUCAAGACAACAGUCCAGGAUUUGCAGCAUGAACUAUCCAAAGUCAAACAAAAGAAAUCAACGCAAGAAAACUGUGUUGAGACACAAGAUCUCAGAACAGAGGUCCGCCCAAUAUUCAAACACCUUAGGGAGAUACACACCGAACUUACAGUAUGGGUAGACCAAAGCGUGGCACUGAAGGAUGAACUUAAGCGCAGGUCAUCAUCUCUGUAUCACAUCCAGGAGGAAAUCACGAAAGCUCUGAAAGAAGGAGUUGAAGGCGAAGAAAUCCAAUUCAGCAGUCACCAAGCUGCAAAGUUCCAAGGUGAAGUCCUGAACAUGAAGCAAGAAAACAACAAAGUCAGUGAGGAACUGCAAGCAGGAGUGGAUCAUGUAACCAUACUUCAAUUGGAUGUGGAGAAGACACUCAAAAGGCUGGGCCAGGAGUUUGGGCUUGGUGGAGGUAAACCAAACUUGACACACUCAACAAGUAAAAAUAAAAUUCCUCUAGGCUCAUUCAUUUUUGGAAACAAACCCCCCAAGAAACAGAAGAAAUCUGUUUUUGGAUCCUUUAAUCCCAACAAAAAGUACCAGGGCUUGAAAGAGCUGUUAUAG